UUCUCCACUGCUAUAUAAAAGCCUCAGACUAUGGAACCCCAAGGGCAAACCCUAGCGCAUUUCAACCCUAGCUCACAUUUCCCUCCUUUCUCCACUUCAAUGGCUUCCGCCGCCGUUCGACCUCUCGUCACUGUCCAGAGUUUCGAAUCCGACAUGGCUACGGAUGGUGCCGCCAAUUCCAUUCCUCUUCCCGAUGUCUUGAAGGCUCCGAUCCGCCCCGACAUUGUCAACUUCGUUCAUAGCAAUAUGUCGAAGAAUAGCCGUCAAGCCUAUGCUGUUUCAAGGAAGGCCGGUCACCAAACAUCUGCCGAAUCAUGGGGUACCGGACGUGCUGUGUCUCGUAUUCCUCGUGUUCCCGGUGGAGGAACGCACCGAGCUGGUCAGGGUGCCUUCGGAAACAUGUGUCGUGGUGGAAGGAUGUUUGCCCCAACAAGGAUCUGGCGCCGAUGGCAUAGGAGGAUCAACGUCAACCAGAAAAGGUACGCCGUAGUUUCUGCUCUAGCUGCAUCUGCUGUACCUUCACUAGUGUUGGCGCGUGGUCAUAGAAUUGAAUCUGUCCCUGAGUUGCCUUUGGUUGUGAGCGAUUCCGUUGAAGGAAUCGAGAAAACCUCUGCUGCUAUCAAGGCUCUUAAGCAGAUUGGUGCUUUUCCUGAUGCUGAAAAGGCGAAAGAUAGCCAUGCUAUUCGUCAAGGUAAAGGAAAGAUGAGGAACCGUCGCUACAUUUCUCGCAAGGGUCCAUUGAUUGUUUAUGGAACUGAAGGGUCGAAGCUGGUUAAGGCUUUCAGGAACAUCCCUGGUGUGGAGAUCGCUAAUGUUGAAAGGUUGAACCUUUUGAAGCUCGCCCCUGGUGGUCAUCUUGGUCGUUUCAUUAUCUGGACCAAAUCUGCUUUUGAAAAGCUUGAUUCCAUCUACGGGUCUUUCGAUAAGCUGUCUGAGAAGAAGAAGGGAUAUGUUCUUCCAAGGUCGAAGAUGGUGAAUGCUGAUCUUGCUAGGAUCAUCAAUUCUGAUGAGGUCCAGUCUGUGGUUAAACCAAUUAAGAAGGAGUUGAAGAAGGCUGCAAUUAAGAAGAACCCAUUGAAGAAUCUCAAUGUUUUGUUGAAGUUGAAUCCUUAUGCUAAGACAGCUAAAAGAAUGGCUCUGAUUGCUGAAGAUCAGAGGGUGAAGGCCAAGCAAGAUAAGCUUAACAAGAAGAGGAAUCCAAUUCCAAAGGAGGAGGCUGAGAAGAUUAAAGCUGCUGGAAAGGGAUGGUACAAGACAAUGAUUUCAGACAGUGAUUAUGCCGAGUUCGAUAACUUCACCAAGUGGCUAGGAGUUUCUCAGUAAUUUUACUACGACUGCUACCAUCUUUACUUUUACUUAGUUUUUAUUGUCUUUCAAGUGUUUGUUUUCGGAAUUUGGUAAUUGGAAGAUUUUUGGAACAUGAGAUAUUUGCUGAAUUAUGGAUUUUGUUUCAGUUUGAC